AUGGAUUUUGAGCAACAUGCAUCAUUACACCAAUGCGGGGCUUGCCAACAUGCAAUUUGUUUAUGGGGCUGGCAAGGAAAUAGAGCUGUUGCUCAAAGGAUGUACAUGGAGCGAUUUCCACGCACAACUCGUGAUGAAGACAUUCAAAUGUUCGGCAAUUCAGCAGAUUCCUACCCAGAAAUUGCUCCAAGUACAGCACAAAAAGAUGAAAUAGAACAAGAAUUGGAUUUUGAUGAAUUAUAUAUAUUGCGUGGAUUGACAAUGGAUAAGAUUCAGAAAGAAUAUUCUUUAAAGUUGCAGAUGAAAAAACUUACAGAAAAUGACAAUUCCGAUAAUAUAUCAAAGAAGCACGAAUAUAUACUUCAGCCUGUUAAUCUGAAAGCCCAAUUGAAACACAAUUGUUCAUCAAAAGAGCUACGGUCAAGACAAAAUCCACGCCUGAUAUGUGAUUUGCAGUUGGAAAACUUUCCAUUGAGAUUAAAUGAAAAAGCACAAGUUGCACAAUUUCAAUCUCAAGGAAUACUCCAACGUUGGUUUCCAGGAUGGACUGGAUGUCCAAGAAAAUGGUGGAAAUUUGCAAUUCAAGCACAUUUAGAUCCUAUUAGCAAAUUAAUUAUUAAUUCACAUCCUCUAGACGUUAUUUACAAUCCAACAAUAUUCCAUUCAAUAAUGGAUUUUUUUUCAUUUCACAAUAAAAUGGAAUAUCUGAGAGAUGAUUUUUCUUCAGAAUAUUAUUUUGGUUCAGCAGGAAGUACAAGAUAUGAAACUCUUAAACUUCAAACCAAAGCAGAGAUUAAACAGAGAUUAGAUCAAAUAUUAGAGGGGGAACAACAAAUGCUUGGCAAAACAAGUUGGGAAAUUAAUUUAGCAAUUUCGGCUCCUGAAAUAAUCAUUCCUGAAAAUUUUCAAGAUGAAAAUGGAAUGGUGGUGGUAUUUGACCUAGGAAAACUUCAUUUUUAUAAUACUAGUUAUGUAACAGAAAAGAAAAAUAUGAGCAUUUCUGAUGAUGAAGAAGACUUUAUUACACCUUGUUCAACACCUCCCAAAGAUGAAUUAAAUGAAGAAGGGAUAAGUGAAACAGAUUCUCAGUGGAGUGAUCAAGUAUUUUCAGAUCUUAAAUCAAUUACAGAAGAAUCAUUAAGGGAGAGAUUUUAUGAAAAAUAUACUUUGAAAUUAAGUGAUAUGCAAGUCUUAGUCAGUCAAAUGAAAGAUAAUUGGAGAUUUGCUCAGUUAAGAGGAACUAGCAUUUUACAUGUACUCGAUCGUUUUUCUGUUUCCCUUCAAAUGGAAAGACAGUUGAUAUCAACAAAAAAUCCUAAUUGGCCAAAUAUCACAGUAUAUGGAAAACUUCCAAAAUUGGUUGUCCAUGUCAGUGAGAAAAAGAUAGAUUGUCUGAAAACAUGUUUGGAUAUUAUUAGCACUCCAUUAAAUUUGGAUCCAAAACCAAUUAAAACAUCAUCUCCUAACUUUAAUUUAGCAAAUACAACAAUGAAAAAUCUAAGUGUGAUAAGUGAAUUGGAAGAAUCAACUACUAAAGAAUCAAUGUUAAAUGAAUUUGAUGAACAACCUAUGCAAGAAACUUUAUUAUUGCUAAUGUGGUUUGGAAUUGAUGAAGUAUCUUUUGAAGUUCAAAGCCGAGAAAGGUCAAUAGCAGAAUUACAAGUAACUGGAGUUAAAAGUAGUUUUUCUAAACGUCCACAUGAUACAUCAAUGACAUUAUGUGUUCAUAGUUUAUUGCUUGUUGAUGCAUUGCAAACCUUUGGACCUGAUUUUGAAUUACUAAUUGCUUCUCAUAGAAAUGUUUGUAUGGAUAGCAUGAGUGGUAGUCUUCACGGCAAUGAAUCUAGUUCUCGGCAUUCGACUAGUCCUCCGCAGAUAUCGUCACCAGUAACAAAUAGAUCUGGAGAAACUUCACCUUUUAAUUGGAAUGAAACACUUAAUUCCACCCAGAACAUUCUUUCUAAAGCUUAUUCAUCUCGAGGAACAUCAGUUACACCAUCUUCAUAUCCUUCCCAUUUUUUAAUGACUGGAGACAUUCCAGCAACAGAUGCAUUGAUUAUGAUGGAGUUUGUUAGUGUUGAUUCUAUACCUGUAAAAAAGAAUGAUGAAUACAUUGGAGAAAAAUUAAAUAUUGUUUCUGUUCAGUUCAAUACUUUGGAUAUUACAGGAAAUCAAGAGACUAUUGUUGAGCUCAUUAGUUUCAUGAAAAGAAUUUUUACAAAAUACUAUCACGCUAAAAAGAAAAUGCCAGUAAAGGAACCAACUAUGAAGUCUGUUGAGAAAACAUUUUCUGGAUUUGCUUUCCCAACAAAAAUGAUUACAAAAACAGAGUUAACAUUUGAUUUUCAUCGCUUAAAUAUUUUGCUAUUACAUGCUCUAAGCAAGAACAGAAACAUAGGAAGAAAAGUUGCUACGGCAACAAUGAGUGGUGCACGCUUUCAAGCUUCUAUUGGUACCAGUUUGCAAAUUCAAGGUGCUCUAAAUGGUUUUCAAGUUUUGGAUCUAAUUACUGAAGGAAGUAAACAUCAGCGUAUUUUAAGCGUAGGACAGGAUCCUCUUGUUUCGGCUUCCAUAAAUGACAGUCAUUCAGAAAUAUAUAAAUCUUAUCAGUUUACUAGAACAAAUUCAGAAAAUUCAGAAAAAGCUUUUGCUUUUACUAUAACAAGAGACUUUUAUGAAAAUUCAGAUAUUUUCUCAAGUAAAGAAAAAUAUCCUUACGAAAGAGCUGAUAAUGAAAUUUUGGAAGUGAAAAUUCGAAUGGCAUCACUGUUUUAUACACAUUCUCCUCAACUGCUAUAUGAAUUAUCUACAUGUGCAACCGAAUUUAAAGAAUAUAUGUCAAUUCUAGUUAGCUCGAUUAAAUCGGCAGCAGCCGAAGUUGCUAUCGGAAUAAUGUCAAAACGUAUAGAAGGAGUAUCUGUUUAUAAUGGGAACAUUGAUACUUCUCCUUAUAGAAAAUUUAAUUCUGAGAAAAGUUCAUAUCUUCCCAAUAUUUUCUCAGAAGAGGAAGUUUAUCUAGAUUUGAAAUUGGACAUUCUUUUACAUACUCCAGUCAUUAUAUUUCCAUCAGCACCAUAUAGUCCCGAUGUUCUUGUUGUUCAUCUUGGGCAGAUUACCGUCAAGAAUGAUCAUACAAAUUCCACCUCAUCAGAUUUUAAUGAUUUAUUAAAUACUAGUACCGUAGCAGUUGAAAUUAGAGACAUGAAUCUUUUUUCCCUCAACAUCGAAGAAAAUAUAAAGUUAUUAGAAAAAACAAAGGUUAAUGGGAAUCAGACAACAAAUUAUUCAGUUUUAGAUAUAUAUAAUAGCUCUAAAUUUGGUAAACCUAUACUUCAUAAUACAGUGAUAGAAAUCAAUACGAAAAAUACCAUAUAUUCUAUAAAUACCAGUUUAGUAAAAGAUAAUGAACAGUUUUGGCCUGGAAGUGAUAUAAUUAAUGAUUUUUCUCCUAUUGCAAAGCAGAAAAAAUCUCUCCUCGAGAUUUGUGGUCGUGUUGUAACUCCUCUAAAAAUAAUCCUGACAAAUUCUCAGUAUAACCAGGUAUUGGAUACUUUACAUAACCUGACAUUUAAUGCAGCUGAUGAUGAUAAAAGUUCAACAGAAAUAUUUAUAACAUUGCAUUCAUUGAUGGUUGAAGAUCUGUCACAUGUACCAACAUCAAAAUAUAGAUAUCUCAUGAAAUCUACUGAAAAUCCAUGCCAAAAAAGAAUUAGAUCAAGAUCAAGUUUGAAGCCAUCAUUUAUUUCCACUUCCUGUCCUAACAUGGGUUAUCCUGAAGCAAAUCUUUUUAUUAAUCAGUGUUCUUCACUUCCUGAUCAUCUGAGCACUCAAAAUAUAUUCAGUCUAUUGGACAUUCUUUUACAUACUCCAGUCAUUAUAUUUCCAUCAGCACCAUAUAGUCCCGAUGUUCUUGUUGUUCAUCUUGGGCAGAUUACCGUCAAGAAUGAUCAUACAAAUUCCACCUCAUCAGAUUUUAAUGAUUUAUUAAAUACUAGUACCGUAGCAGUUGAAAUUAGAGACAUGAAUCUUUUUUCCCUCAACAUCGAAGAAAAUAUAAAGUUAUUAGAAAAAACAAAGGUUAAUGGGAAUCAGACAACAAAUUAUUCAGUUUUAGAUAUAUAUAAUAGCUCUAAAUUUGGUAAACCUAUACUUCAUAAUACAGUGAUAGAAAUCAAUACGAAAAAUACCAUAUAUUCUAUAAAUACCAGUUUAGUAAAAGAUAAUGAACAGUUUUGGCCUGGAAGUGAUAUAAUUAAUGAUUUUUCUCCUAUUGCAAAGCAGAAAAAAUCUCUCCUCGAGAUUUGUGGUCGUGUUGUAACUCCUCUAAAAAUAAUCCUGACAAAUUCUCAGUAUAACCAGAUAACAUUGCAUUCAUUGAUGGUUGAAGAUCUGUCACAUGUACCAACAUCAAAAUAUAGAUAUCUCAUGAAAUCUACUGAAAAUCCAUGCCAAAAAAGAAUUAGAUCAAGAUCAAGUUUGAAGCCAUCAUUUAUUUCCACUUCCUGUCCUAACAUGGGUUAUCCUGAAGCAAAUCUUUUUAUUAAUCAGUGUUCUUCACUUCCUGAUCAUCUGAGCACUCAAAAUAUAUUCAGUCUGCAAUUAAAUAAAUUGCAAAAAUUUGGAAAGACAGGUAAUUUCAAUGAUACUGUCACAAAAGAAUGUUCAAGUUAUCCGAAUACACCUCCACCUUCUCCAUCAGGAUCAGCUGAAAUGAAUUUUGACGAAAAUGCUUUAGUCCAGAUAAACAUCACUCAUGUUGAUAAAAGUUCUUCAAUUUUUUCAACAAAAUAUAAUAAUAUUGACAGAAUUAUUGAUAUUAAUUUUAAUUGUCUGGAAACUAUUGUUAAUGUACAAACUUGGGUUAUGGUGUUAGAUUUUUUCAAAACAGAUUCUUCAAAUGUAAGAACAGAAAAGAGUUGUGCUAAAAAUUAUCUUGAAAAUAAAAUGAAAGGUGAAGAAUUUUUACAUACAGAAAAUGACAAAAAAUCACUAGAACUCAUUAAUUCCAAAUUAGAAAUAGCUGUUCGAAGUCUUACUUUAAUUCUUUGUAAGCAAGAUAAUGAAAUAGCAAAAGCAAAUGUGGCAAUGUUUAAUUGUCAUACAACAUUCCAAGAUAACAACUUUUCAGCAGAAGGAAAACUUGGAAGUAUUUCAGUUGUUGAUAUGACAACUUAUGGAAAAUACUAUCCAGAACGAUUUAUAACAUCUGGAAAAGAAGCUCUACAUUUUGAUAUAUUUAAAUAUGGAGAUGAUGAUCCUGACAUGAAAAGAAAGUUUGAUGUCAGUGUUAAAUGUCGCAUGUCUUCUGUUAGAUACGUGCAUACGCAUCGUUUUUAUACACUGUUGUUAAACUUUAUACAAAAUUUUAAUGAAAUUCAAGAUUUUAUGUCUCAGAUUCGUUCAUCAAAGUCUGUUUUGACGACUGAUUCAAAUUCUAAAAUAUUUCGAAUGAAACUUGAUAUUGCAGCAGGUUCCCCAGUGAUCAUAAUUCCCAAAAGUUACUCAACACCAAAUAUUUUAGUUGCAGAUUUGGGAAAUUUAACAGCUCAAAAUACAUUUCUUUUUGCUGGUAGUCCUGGAACCAUAAGUAUAGUAUUAGGAAACUUCUCUACUCAAGCUUUGAGAAAAGAAAAUAAUACAAUAUUCAAUAAAAAAGGACAAAAAUUAGAUUACUAUCCAGAACAAAAAUGUUUACUUGAUGUGAUUUAUCUGGAAUUAUCUGACAUUAAUUUGUAUUCUGCUGUAUGUAUUAAAAACAUGGAGGAAGAAAAGAGACCAACUGAUUUAGCAUUUCCUUCUUUCAUUAUUAGAAAAGAGGGUCCUCAAUUACUUGAAGAAAAGUUUAUGUUGAAAGUGCAAGUUGAAAGAAAUCUACAUUCUUUUAUUAGUCAUUCUGUUUCUGAUUUAACAUUGAGAGGUACUGUAUCAUCAGUUUAUUUUACAAUUGAUCUUGAGCAAUAUAAAUUAAUAAGAGGAAUAUUAAGCUAUAAUUUGGGAGAACAACUGGAGGAGAUACCUAUUACAAAGUUUAUUAGUCAUCAAAUAAUGCCAAAAAAAACAUCUAGUCAAGUUUGGACAACAAUGGCUAUUCAUCUGAAUUUAGUCAAUGUAACAGUUAAUUUGAUAAACAAUCAUUGUAGUCCUGAAUGUGUUAAUGCUACAACACCUUUAGCAAAAUUUGAUUUUAUUAAAUCACGUCUGUUAUUAGAAAGUUACUCUGAUGGUACAAGAGACAUUGAUUUGAUAUCGCACGAAAUUCGUAUAUCAGAUACAAGAUAUAAAGAAAAUAUUCAAAAGAAUCAGGAAUUUUCAGCAGAAUUGGAAUCAGAAGAAAUUUUGAAAACAUCUAGUCAAGUUUGGACAACAAUGGCUAUUCAUCUGAAUUUAGUCAAUGUAACAGUUAAUUUGAUAAACAAUCAUUGUAGUCCUGAAUGUGUUAAUGCUACAACACCUUUAGCAAAAUUUGAUUUUAUUAAAUCACGUCUGUUAUUAGAAAGUUACUCUGAUGGUACAAGAGACAUUGAUUUGAUAUCGCACGAAAUUCGUAUAUCAGAUACAAGAUAUAAAGAUGCUCCUGUAAAUAAUAGGCCAAAUGUUUUCACAAGUAUUCUUCAACCUAUAGAAGAAUCUACAAAUACUUCGUUACCUCAGGCUGAACUUCAUUAUAUAAUGAAACAUAAUUGCACAUCGUUCAUUAUCUCUCUCAAUUGUAUGAGAGUAAUGAGUAUAUUUGAUUGGUCUAAAUAUGUCUUGAAAUUUCUUUGUUGCGAGAUUAAUCCCUGUACACCUAUAGAUGACCAUAAAAAAUUGGAUUCCUCUACAGAAGUUUUGCAUACAACAGAUAAUUUGAUUCAAGCUCCAGUUAUAAUAAAACUCUAUUUGAUGGAUACAGAAGUUGUAGUUGUGGAAAAUCCUUCUGUUUGGGACACAAAUGCUGUUAUAUUAAAAACUACUGCUUCAUUCAAAUGGACACCAUCAUCUAAAGAUUGCCCAAUGACAUUUGAGUUUAGAAGUCUUGAAGUAUUUUCAUGCAUAUUAGGAGUUGAAGAAGAAACUGCAUUAUCUAUAAUUGAUCCUGUUAGCUUCACUGUGGAAGUAGUAAAAACAGAUGAUGGCAUUCUUCAACUUACAGAUGAAAUUAGUCAUUUACUGAAGAUAAAGUUAGAAAAUCUCAAUUUAAGACUUUCAUAUCAUGACGUGACAAUGUUUAUACGAAUUUUGGAGUCAUUUUCCAGACAAACUGGUCUUCAGUAUGAAAACAAAAAGGAAAAAGUCAAAGAAAUUGAACUACCUGUUUCUUUAGAACAAGUGGCAGUGCUGGAAGGUAUGGGAUAUAAAAGAGAAUAUUGUGUUCAAGCUCUGAUUUCUUGUAAAGGGGAAUUGAAUAAUGCUGCAAUGUGGCUAACAGAAAAUGCUCCACAUGAUGAUAAAUCUGUGAAAACUCAAUUAUUUUCAGAUACUAAAGACGAAAGUCUCUUUUCUAAUAUUAAUCUUCAAGCUAUGGCUAUUACUGUUUCAAGAGGCUGCCUAUGUAUAAUUGAUGAUUGUAGAGAUUCUGAUGUACCUUGCUUAGAGAUAAUAGUUACAAAUCUCGAAGUUGAUCAGUCUUUUACUGCUGUUCAUAGAGGAAAUUCUGUGUUUAUUUUGUCAGUUAGUUAUUAUAACAGAGGAUUGUCAGGUUGGGAACCAUUUAUUGAACCUUGGAAAUGCAAAGUAUCAUGGAAUUUCUUUAUCAGAGCACAGACAAAUUAUUUACAGAAGAUAUCAUUUCAGAUUGAAGGUAAAAUAACAAACGAUCUUAGUUUUACAUACAUUUUGCAGGGUUCUUACACACCUGGAAACAUUUAUCGAAGAAGAUCCCCUUUUGUUCCUUUUGCAAUUAAAAAUGAUUUAGGAUGCAAAAUUUGGUUUUCAACUGUUAUAACUUCAACUGAUAAAAAUGAUAAUAAACGCAAAUCUACAGAAAUACUGGAAGUAGGAAAGUCAAAAGAAUUGAAUUGGGUGGAAGUUCAAGCAGGUCAAGUUAUUCCUUUUACAUUUGGAGGUAGAGAUAAAUUAAGACAUAAGGAUUCGCAUAGACUUAGAAAACAUCAAUUGAUAAUAAAAAUAAAUGGUUGGCAACAGCUUGCACCUGUGUCAGUAGAUCAAGUUGGUGUAUUUUAUCGAUUUGCUAAACCAGAAAUAAAUAGAUUAUCCAAUUCUUAUGUAGAACUGAUACCCACAAGAUUGGUUUAUGCCGUUGCACUUGAAGGUAGUGCUAGGAAACUAAUUACUAUACGAUCCGGUUUAUUGUUAACAAAUAAGUGUGAUGAUACUAUAGAACUGAAGAUGGAAAAUGCUAAUGUGCAAUUUUCAGAAGGAACCCAAGUAGAAACUGCUGGACAAUCAGAUGAACACGAAUUGGCUAGAAGUAUAGUGCCAUUACUGUUCUCAUUUGCAGAUAAAGAUGCCUCAGCCAUGUAUAUAUUUCUGUUACAACUUUAUUNAAAGUAA